GUGCCAUUUCCUUGUUUCUUUUCCUCGGUACAGCAUGCCAGCCUCACCGUCUCCCGAAAGUAUUGCCACCAAUACGCUCACCAUACCUGACAUUCCCAAGGAAUUUUUCGAAUGUCCUCAAGUUUUUGAAGAUCUCCGAAAUUUCCUCCAAAUGUAUGGUCCGUUGCACACCUUUGUGGCCAUAAAGGGAUUUGCCCGCAUCAUGGCGGUGUAUGAAGAAACAACAAGUGCCAUUAUGGCAAAGUCAGAACUCGAUAAGACAAAUGUGUACUGGAAAAAGUCAACCGAAUCAGCAGACCUUGAAAUUGUACAGUUCCUUGCCGAGGAUGAACAGCCACCAACCACAUUGUCCGACGACAUUCGUCACUUUCUGUUACGACUAUAUUUUGGUCAACAUACGAACAUCAAUCCUGAUUCCUCCACGGUGCUCCUGCAAGUACCCGAAUUGGAGAAGAACUGGCUCAUUUCUCCGCCCGGUUCUCCUCCCGUUGGAUGGCAGCAAAUUCGAGAGGAUCCUCCUAAUAGAACCGUAUUGCCACAUGAUCUCUCCCAUGCGCUAAUGUCUUUAAAUGAUGAAUUGGAAGAUGAUUUCAAGCUGGAUGCCGACGCGGAAUUUGAGGCGGAAAGUAUGAACGAUUCAGUAGCAGAGAACGCUUCAUCCUCAUCCACACCCCAGGUGUAUGUGAUAUGCAAAGACGAGGGUCAUGAUAUCAAUGGUCAUGAACUCCCACAUAUUACUGUACAGGAUUGGGAUGGAGGUGCUCAGCAUCAUAAUCUUGAACAAUACCGAAGGAUCCACCGCAAGGUAGCGCCUACUGCCAUGCCUCCACGAUCCAAUGUUGAUAAAGCUCCGUCUUUAGAAGAUCGUCCUCCAACUCCUAUGCAUCUCAUGAGAUGAACAAUCACUGUAUCUUCGACUGCACUUCUCAUCUUAAUCAGUGUACCAUAAUAAACCUGACCUUCUGUAUUUCGCAACCAAGGGGAUGCUUAGAGCAUUUGCUUUGAAUCAAUAUGCAUUAAUAUUGGGUUCCCCCAUAUUAGAAUAUGAAAUUGACUCGUGUUGUU